AUGUUCCUGGGCGCGCCCGGCGCCGGCAAAGGCACGUACGCGUCCCGCCUCGCGCCCCUCUUGCAGAUCCCCACGAUCUCCACGGGCGACCUCGUGCGCCACGAGAUCCAGACGGGCACUGCGCUGGGCGAGACGAUCAAAGAGUUUAACCACAGCGGACAGCUCGUGCCCGACGCGAUCAUUCUCGACAUGAUGGAGCAGCGGUUAGGGCAGGCGGAUGCGCGACGAGGGUUUAUUCUCGAUGGGUUCCCGCGCAACGUGUCGCAGGCCAAAGCGUUUCAGCAGGUGACGACGCUGGACCUCGUGCUGAACAUUGAGCUCCCCCAGUGGAUCCUCAAGGAGAAGAUUAGUGGCCGGAGGGUCUGUACCACGUGCGGCACGGGCUACAAUGUGGCGUUUAUCGACCGUGGCGAGUAUUAUAUGCCUCCGUUGCUGCCCGAAGUGGACGGGAUCUGUGACGUGUGUGGCACGGCGUCGCUCGUCCAGCGAUCCGACGACGCACCAGAGACUGUGGAACAUAGACUGGAGGUGUACAAGCAAGAGACGUUGCCGCUCGUCGACUUUUACACGAACGAGGGCAUUUUGAAGACGUUUGAAGUCAAGAAAGGAUUAGCAGAUUUCGAGAAACUUGCGGACCUCGUAAAGAAGGAACUGCAUGUGUAG